AAAUACAUGCAUGUCCUAGAUUAAAAGCCGGAGAAGCUGCUUAAACAGAAGAACAAAGACGGACGUCAAGGUAUUUCCAAUUCCCUCGUAUAUUUGUUAUACAGCGCGAAACGGACACACGAGACAGACAUUUGCUCACUCCUCAGAUCUCCUCUUUCAACCCCUGUUUCUUCCGGAGCCAUUAGCCAAUUUUCUAGCGUCUGCAGCUAUAUACAAAGCUUUUCACACAGCCCAAAAUAGAUAGAGACACAGUGAUGGGUAACAGAAACAGGGCAGAAGCUGACACUGAUACUUGUUUAAGCGAAGCGUUGUUGUUUGCUACCAUUUGUAUAAUUGGAAUGCCCGUUGAUGUCCAUGUCAGGGAUGGCUCUGUCUAUUCUGGAACUUUCCACACUGCUUCCGUUGACAAGGACUAUGGUAUUGUGUUGAAGGAAGCAAAAUUGACUAAGAAGGGGAAGUGUGAUGCAAAUGUAGCCAAUUGGAACGUGAUUGAAACGCUUGUAAUUCUUUCAGGUGAUCUUGUCCAAGUUAUAGCCAAGGGAGUUCUAUUCCCAGCUGAUGGUUUCAUGGGAAAUGUAGCUAGUGAUGAUGUAGAAGCUGCCGUAGUCAGUGUUCCUUCUUCUGAGAUUAUAGUGAGUGAGUCAGAGGAAUCUAACAAGUCAGCCAUAGAUAAAAGGAAAAUAAAUGAAAACAGGAACAAUUGUGCUAAUGAUUUCGUGCCAACAAAAACUGGAAAGGAGCAUGAAGGGAAAAAAAUUUUACCUAAUCAUGUAGCAACGGCCACAGAAGUUGAACCUGGGAAGAGAGAAAGGAUAAAUAUUUCAAUUAAUAUUUCAAAAAGUGAAGAAGCUUUUGAUUCUGCAGUUAUUGGAAGACAGAUUGGAGAUAACUGGUCACAAGGCGAGCAGGAUCAUCACAAACACAAGUAUGAACUUCAAAUGGAGAAGAGUGAUGAUGAAGUUCAAAGCUCAAGUUCAAUCUCCAAUUUAUGCCUUUCAGAAACCAAGGCUGAUGGGGAAGGGCAAAAGAUGACAAAGCUGUUACCUAAUGGUGUAUCUUGUGAUCCAACAUCUGCACAUGUUAAACCAGACAAUCAAUGCUUUGAAAGGUCCACUUCUGCAGGAAGCUCUUCUGCAAGUGCCGUUUGUUCAAGUAUUUCAACUGCUUCCAAUGCAUCGGUUGAUGUGGCCUCAGAAUCACGUUCUGGUUUGUUAGCUUCUUCAGCUGAUGUGAUCUCUCCACAGAGUUCAGAAUCCUCUAAAAGGUCUAAGGAGUUCAAGCUCAAUCCAGGAGCAAAAAUUUUUUGCCCAUCUUUUGCAACUCCAAUGUCAGCCACUGCCUCAGUGCCAGCAGUUGCAAGCAUGCCUUACAUACCAAGCAACUCUCCCAUGGUACCUAUUGCUGCUGCUGCUCAGCCAGAAGUUGGAAUCAGUCCUUUCGUACGGCCUUCUGUCCCUAUUAAGUUUGCUCCAUACUCUAAUUUGACAGCUGUAAAUGGUGGCAAUGGUCCUCAAUUUUCACAACCUAUUGUGGGGAACAGGACACAGCCACUUAGAUAUGCUGGUCAAUAUCAUGCUGUUCAGGCUGCACCAACAUAUGUGCCUCCAAAUUCUCAAGCUGUUAUGGUUGGACGAGUUGGGCAGAUUGUCUAUGUGCAGCCAGUUCCUCAUGAUUUGGUUCAGAGUACAGCAACUAUCUCGCCUGUAUCUGCACGUCCUCUGUUGACUCAACAUCAGGUCCAAUAUCCUAAGCACCAAGGGAGUGCAACAGGCCAGGCCUUGCAACUGUGUGCGCCCCCACCUUUUGUAGCUGGUGGGCAGCAGCCAUUUGCAAUCCCAAGCCACUUUCCUCUUCUGCAACCUCCUAUUUCUGCUAACCGGCCCAUUCGAGUUCCAGGAUCAAAUGCUCUCUUUGGCACAAAGUUUCCAUGAAUAUAUUCCACUGCUAUUAUGACCUCAUGAUUCUUUUUCAUGAAUGAUAAAAAUUUUGGUCCAUAGUUUUUUGAAAUUUUUGUCCCUCAUAUACAGGUUAAGCACAUUCUAUGUGGGAUUGUUAUAUAAGACCUAUAAUUGAUAUUUCUGUUUUCUGAGAAAAUGGUGGAAGGUUGAAAUAGGAGAUUUGAGAAUAGUCGAGGAGGAUUAAGAGUUAUAAUAUGUGAAACAGACACAACAGCCACUAGGUUUUCAUAGAGGUCAUUUGGAAAAUUCUUUUCAUUUUGUCAUCAAUGUCCUCGUUGCUGGGCGAUAUUUGAAUAAAGCUUUUCUUUUUUCCUUGGGAUGUAAAA